UGUUUAGUUAAUGGCUGUUUCAAGGGAUUGCCCUUUACUGAUGAUCUAAGUCUUGUCCCAACGUUGUAAUUUUAUUUGCUCUUGUUCUCAUAGACAAGUCAUAUAUAUAUAUAUAUAUAAUGCGGAGAUUAUUUUUCCUUAGAAGAAAACCGAGAGAACAGCUGGCAACACAUGAAUCUGCCCCCAGGCUUUUUGGCUACUCUAAAUCAUAAAGAGAAAAGACGUAAUGAGUAAUUACAUUUUUGAAUCUGAACCAUGAAUUGAGAAAGGAGAUAGAGAUUGACAUGACAAGUAAUUUAUUUAUUAGGUGACUGACGCUGAAUUUUGCUGCUGGACCAUUCAUGUGUUAUUUUUCAGGUUUUUUCGGAGAAGUAUUCCGAGGCAUAUGGAAUGGGACAGAUGUUGCCAUAAAGGUUUUUCUGGAGCAAGAUUUGACUACUGAAAACAUGGAAGAUUUCUGCAAUGAGAUAACGAUUCUCAGCCGGCUUCGACAUCCUAACGUUAUUUUAUUUCUUGGUGCAUGCACAAAGCCUCCGCGUUUGUCAAUGGUUACUGAGUAUAUGGAGAUGGGAUCUUUGUAUUACUUGAUCCAUUCGAGCGGUCAAAAGAAGAAGCUUAGUUGGCGGAGAAGACUGAAGAUGUUGCGGGAUAUAUGCAGGGGGUUGAUGUGCAUACAUCGUAUGAAGAUAGUUCACCGUGACCUGAAAAGUGCAAAUUGUCUUGUGAAUAAGCAUUGGACUGUGAAGAUCUGUGAUUUUGGGCUUUCAAGAAUAAUGACAGAUUCUCCCAUGAAAGAUUCUUCGUCAGCGGGGACUCCUGAAUGGAUGGCUCCUGAACUUAUUCGAAAUGAACCAUUCACAGAAAAAUGUGAUAUCUUUAGCCUGGGGGUCAUAAUGUGGGAGCUUUGCACUUUAGAUAGGCCAUGGGAAGGUGUACCACCAGAGAGGGUGAUUUAUACCGUUGCUAAUGAGGGAUCUAGGCUAGAGAUUCCUGAGGGGCCGCUGGGCAGGCUGAUUUCAGAUUGCUGGACAGAACCUCAUAAGCGGCCAAGUUGUGAAGACAUCCUUUCUCGUCUGCUUGACUGCGAAUACUCUCUGUGCUAAUACUACAUCCUUUUAUCUUUGUACAUAAAAACUUUUGGUAGAGUUGUCACCUUGCGCGGUGGCGGACGCACGUUAACGUAAGGGGGGGGCAUAAUCUCUGAAAAUGCCAUGUUGGUGAGAGAAAUUUAUAUAAGGCUCCCCCAUUCUCUGCAAGUUUGAACCUACUGUAAUGAAAAAUUUGAAGAAACACAAUGAUAGAGAAAGUAUAUUCGAGAA